AUGUCCGCCACUAUCGAGGAAGUUACUUCUGACCACUCCGACCAUGAGGGUCACGACCACGGAGCCGUUGAGGACCCCACAUCCAAUGCCGCUCUUGAGAAGAUCCAGUCUCGCUCAGAGCGAAAAGCCAGGAAGGCUCUCAUCAGCCUCGGCCUGAAGAAGGUCCCAGGCAUCACCCGUGUCACCAUUCGUAGGCCCAAGAACUUCCUGUUCGUGAUCGCGUCGCCAGAUGUCUACAAGUCGCAGAAUAGCGAUUGUUACAUCGUUUUCGGUGAGGCCAAGGCGGAGGACGGCAACCAGCAGGCGGCUGCGAUGAACGCUGCCCAGAGCGUUGCUCAGGGUGGCGGUGGUUCCAUCCCCAACCUUUCAGGCGCAGGCGCUGCUGCCGAUGAUGAUGAUGAUGAUGAUAUCCCCGAUCUCGAGGCACCAGAAGAGGAGGGCCCCGUUGACGAGACUGGUGUCGAGGCGAAGGACAUCGAGCUCGUCAUGCAGCAGGUCAACUGCUCGAGAGCAAAGGCUGUUCGGGUAUUGAAGGAGAGUGGUGGUGAUCUCAUCAAUGCCAUCAUGGCGGCGAGCGAGUGA